AUGUCUAUAGAGUUAGGUAAGAUUCUUCCGAAGAGGAAGAUUAACAUAGCGUGUGUUCAGGAGACUAGAUGGAAGGGUAUUAGGGCACGGGAUGUAGAAGGGUUUAAACUAUGGUACUCAAGAAGCGUUGGGGGUAAGAAUGAGGUAGGUAUUUUAGUUGACAGGGACCUCAGUGCAUACGCUCCUCAGGUAGGUUUGGUCCAGGAGGUCAAGAAACAAUUCUGGGAGGAUUUGGACGAGAUGGUGCGUAGUAUCCCACACACAGAGAAGUUGUUCAUUGGCGGAGAUUUCAAUGGCCAUAUUGGGGCGAGUGCUAGGGGUUAUGAUGGUGUGCAUGGCGGGCUCGAUUUUGGGGAUAGGAAUGAGAGAGGUAAUUCACUGUUGGAUUUUACUAGAGCUUUUGAUUUGGUUAUAGCUAACUCGAGUUUCCCAAAGAGGGAGGAACACCUGAACACUUUCCGAAAUUCAAUGGGCAAAACUUAG